ACAUCCACCCCAACAUCCACCCCAACAUCCACCCUGCUGCAGACAUCCACCCUGCUGCAGACAUCCACCCUGCUGCAGACAUCCACCCUGCUGCAGACAUCCACCCUGCUGCAGACAUCCACCCCAACAUCCACCCUGCUGCAGACAUCCACCCUGCUGCAGACAUCCACCCUGCUGCAGACAUCCACCCCAACAUCCACCCCAACAUCCACCCUGCUGCAGACAUCCACCCCAACAUCCACCCUGCUGCAGACAUCCACCCCAACAUCCACCCUGCUGCAGACAUCCACCCUGCUGCAGACAUCCACCCCAACAUCCACCCUGCUGCAGACAUCCACCCCAACAUCCACCCUGCUGCAGACAUCCACCCUGCUGCAGACAUCCACCCUGCUGCAGACAUCCACCCCAACAUCCACCCCAACAUCCACCCUGCUGCAGACAUCCACCCCAACAUCCACCCUGCUGCAGACAUCCACCCCAACAUCCACCCUGCUGCAGACAUCCACCCUGCUGCAGACAUCCACCCCAACAUCCACCCUGCUGCAGACAUCCACCCCAACAUCCACCCUGCUGCAGACAUCCACUCCACCAUCUGACCCAGACCCAUGGAUACCUGGAACUGCCUCCGGGCUCCUGUUCCACCUUAACAAUGAAGGAAACAUGAUCCACCAGGGACCCGGCCCUCACACACGCUCAGAGGAGGAGGAGGAGUUUUACCUGAUCCAUCUUCACCACUGCGCCUCUGUGAUGAAUCCACCUCGUCACUGA